CCCCGGCGAUGGCGGCGGGCGGCGGGCGGGAGGCGCCGGGCGCCUCAUGAGGAGGCAGAGCCCAGCAGGAAGCCGGAGCGGGAAGGCUCCCAGCAUGCAGCCCAGCUGCACCCACCUGCACAGCGUCCCGGGGAGCGGCGAUCCCUGCCCGCCAUCCGCACACAGCUCCUGCCAUCCCGGCACAGGGGCCGUGCACAUCCAGCUGGGAGAAGCCAGGGACAGCCCCGGCUCCAGGAGGGGCUCCCAGAGCCGCUCCCACGGCCACGGGGAAGCGGCAGGAGGGCUGGAGGACGCCGGCCUGGACUCGGAGGAGCAGGGAGGGAGCUCCCUGUCGGAGCUGAGGCACCUCCUGCAGUGGCUGCACAAGAGCCUGCCCUACCUGCUGAUCCUCUGUGCCAAACUGCUUGUGCAGCACCUCAGCGGCAUUUCUCUUGGAAUUGGGCUGCUAACAACUUAUGCCUAUGCAAACAAAAGCAUAGUAAAUCAGGUUUUUCUAAGAGAACGCUGCUCCAAGCUGCAGUGUGCCUGGGUGCUGCUCUACCUGACUGGAUCAUCCCUGCUCCUCUACUACACCUUCCACUCUCAGGCCCUGUAUUACAGCUUAAUCUUCUUAAACCCUACGGUGGAUUUCAUGAACUUCUGGGAGGUCCUUUGGAUUGUGGGAGUCACAGAUUUUAUUCUGAAAUUCCUGUUCAUGGGCUUCAAGUGUUUUAUUCUCUUGGUGCCUUCUUUUAUCAUGUCCUUUAAAUCCAAGGGGUACUGGUACCUGCUGCUGGAGGAGCUCUGCCAGAAUUACCGCACCUUCGUGCCCAUCCCGCUGUGGUUCCGCUUCCUCAUUGCCCGUGGGGAGCUGGGCAGCGUCCUGGGAUGGUCCCUUGGGAUCCUGCUGGGCCUCCUCUACCUCACCCUGAAGCUUCUGAGCUUUUUUGGACAACUGAGAAACUUCAGGCAGGUUUUAAGGACGUUUUUCACACGCCCACACUACGGGGUGCCAGCCAGCAAGAGGCAGUGCUCAGAAUCAGAUGAUCUCUGUUCCAUCUGCCAGGCCCAAUUUCAGAAGCCCAUUCUGCUCAUCUGCCAGCACACAUUUUGUGAAGAAUGCAUCAGCCUGUGGUUUAACAGAGAGAAAACCUGUCCCCUCUGCAGAACGGUCAUUUCAGAGCACGUGAACAGGUGGAAGGAUGGAGCCACGUCGAUGCAUCUCCAGAUUUUCUAAAGCUUCUCAACCAACCUGCUGUGUCCCCCCUGGGUUUCUGAGGCUCCUGCAGGCUCAGCUGGAGGAGCUUUCCCAGUUCCACACCCAGGCUCCUGUCCAACCUCCCAGCUUUUAGAACAGGGCAGAAAAUCCUGACUUGGCCUUUUGUAAGCAGAGAACACCGAAGGUUUCAGAAUGAAUGCAGAAAAAACCAACCUUGCUCCUCCUGUGACUGUCCCAGGAAACACAAACCCUGAAAGGUGCUACUUUAAUUAAGGCUUUAAUUCCACAUUCUGAGUUCCAGACUGGGCUAAACUCUAUUUAAAUAAUCUCAUAACAUAACUCAACCCAAAAGGUCAACCUACCACUUUAAUGUGAGCAAAUGUUUUACUCUGGACUCCAGUGACAAUUAGAGCUCCCUGUCACACUUGCCAUGAAAGAUCCCUCAAUGCCCACUCCAUUAAAUUGCUUUUUACUCCUGCACCUGGACCAGCAACUGUUUCUCACUGUACCUGGAUAAGCACAAGAAUAAGAUCUUUCCCUUUAGGUUCUUGGAGGCUUCUGAUGAAUCCUGGGCUCAAUCUUUUGCCUUUAAAGCAACCACUGGUGUUAGUUUUUUACUUGGCAUUUUAUAAAGCUGGUAUUUUUAAAGCAGAUCUUUAAUAUUCUAUUUUUUGUCGUAACAGGAACCAGAUUUUCUUACAGGGGAGAAUCUAUUUUAUACUGUAUUUGCAAUUUGUAGUAUGCAUAAAAAUCAGAGAAUAAAUGCAUUUAAAUCUACUUGUUUGGUGCAUGUUGAAUAAAGAAAGAUUUGUUACUGUUUGAGUAUUUAAAGCUCACUGCCAGGCCUAGUUUUGUUGUUAAAUUAAUGUCUCUGAAAAACAAAAAUGCUUCAAAAUCAACAAUUUAUCCAUGAUUAGGUUUUAUAUCAAUUAUAGCACUAAUUAUAAACAAUCUCACUUGGUUUUCCUGCUUGUCUUUUCUCCCUGAAAGGCUGAAAAAGCCACUCAAAUUAUUCUGCUACAGGAAAGUCACAUUUAGUUGCCAUUAACUGAACACCUUUAGAAACUUCUAAAUCGAGUAAAAAGAGAAUUAAGGAGUGAAACUCUUACUUGGGCACGAUGUUAGAGCAAAAAAAAGCACUUCUUAAUUCCUCACUAUUGAUCAGAUUAAUAAGCAUCAAGGACUGCAGGCAAGGCCAGAUUUACAGCUGAAAGAUAUGAAACCAAUUAAAGUAUUGACUUGUGGUUAAUAAUAAAAAAACCACCAGCACAGGAACUCAGCAGGCCCAUAAAGCUCCCCAGGAUUAUUUUAUGGAGCACAACAAAGAGUGUCAAUGCUUUCAUUGACCCUGCUCCUCUGGGCUCUCUGCACCACCCAGGGUAAGGCUGGAGAUUGGUCAAAAACAGCACCAGGGAGCAAUUUGGGGUUUAUUCCCUCUUUCUGUUGGUGUUUUGGAUUUUUUUCCCUUAAAGAUCCAGUGAAAAAUGAUCCAAUCCCAGUAACACAAACAGGUUUUAUUAAAGCCAAAGAACUAUGAAGAGGUUUUGAUUGACCGGUGUAGAUUUACAGUUCAGAAAUGAAAGUUUAUCCUCAUCUUGGACACUGAGGGGGGAAAAGGGAGGAACUCACCUGCAGCAGUGCCAUCCUCCCUGAUCCAGCUGCAGUCAGGAGGCAGCUCUUCCUGCUCCAGGCCAGGCUCACCUGCAGGGCAGAACAGAGAGCAGGUGACAAGUGACAACCAACAGCUGCUUUUCCUGAGCCCCAAAGCCCAGGGAAGGGCCCAGCCCCUGGGGACAGGCUGGGAAAUGAGCAGCUCCCAGGGAAUUCCUCCCUCCCUUUCCCCUCCAAGGUGUCACAAAGACAAUGAUUUCCAUCCUGAGUUACACUCAGGGCCCACCUACUUCCUAAAAACAAAUGACACCUGUUUUAAUUUGCUUUUGGUUGCUCUUCACAUCCAUCUUAUUUAGCACCUGAGGACAUUUAGUCCCAGGGAGGUGGGGAGGUGAAAGCCAGGCCAGGGAUUGCCUCAGCUGCACUGGGGCAGCCCAGGUGUGUCCUUGCAGCGGCUGCAGAUGGAGUUAAUCUGCAAGGGAACAACCUGCAGGGGUGCAGAUUUGGGAGCUGCACUCAGGGGAUCACCAAGGACCUGCAGGAAAAACACUCAAUUUUCCUUGUUCUUAACGACUUCUCCUCCUCCUUUCCCCCUUAGGAUAAAGGGAAAACCAAAAUGGGGAAAUGAACCCAAAUAUCCUGCAGGGCCAGAAUUCACCCCCACCAACCCAACCCCACCCACAUCCCAAAAACAAAGAGCCCUCCCUCGGUGUCUGAGGCACUUUCUGAUUAACAGGACAGGUUGGGAGUCGACACUGAAGACACAACAGACCCCAAACGAAGCUGCAGCUGCAGGGGGGGCACUCAGAGAUUUCAUUCUCCAACAGCUCAGCUUUCCCAGAGCGACUCCGAGAAAAAGGGACAUUCCACAGAAGCACUGACUCGUUGAUUCUGAUCUUUUAUUAUGAGCUAAUACCAGGAUGACAUUCAAAUGUCAGAUGGCACAAUUAAGACAGUCUUGGUAGGAAUUAUUCCAGCAUUCCCAAAAUUACAAUUUAAGUUACACGAAUGGCGUCAAAUGCAUCACUCCCACGAGAAAAACCGAUGGAAUUCCGAAUUAUCUGAGACCGGAAGAGUUUCUGCAUCGAAUGGGGAAAAAAAGAAAAACUGCUGGUAACACAGCUGACCUGGAAACCUUUUCUGAGAAUGACCUGCAGAACAAAAUAUUUCCCUAUUUAACAUCUAGUAAAAAAAAAUAUGACUUUUUGUUCAAGUUUAAGAUUUAAUACUUUUUAUAUGGUUAGCCACAACAGGUAUUAACCUCAGUUUUACUAUAUUUUUGUAAUGCUACAAAAAUCCUAUAAAAUCAAAUUAUAGUGAAUUUCUCAGUGAUUAUAAUUAAAAAAGCGCAGCUUGUACAAAAUAAAAAAAAUAAGAUUCUAUACUCUAAUGAAAAAUUUAAGACAUUUUUAAAUGAACAAAAGAAAGCACUUGUUAAGCUCUCCAAUAUUCAAAUGCAUUCUGCACUUCUCUGAAAUAGCCAGACAGGAGCUACAACUCCACUCCCCUCGGUUCACAACUAGUAAUUUCGACACUAUUAUAUAUAUAUAUAGAGGAUCUAUGUCUGAUAUUUUUACAAAUAAAUACAGGAUAAACCAUAUUGCAUAGUGUGUGCUUGCUGUCUGAGUGCCACUCCCAGAGUUUCACAGUCCUGGUAGGGAAUUCCACUUCAGAACCUACGGGAUGGAGCAUUGACAGUGCCCGGAAUUGCCAGGGAAAACCGGGCAGUUGGGGCUGUAAUUCCGUCAGUGAACUCAGACAAACAACUCUUGCCAUUCUUGCCAGCCAUAAUUUACCAAUUCCACUGGCCAAUUUACCCAGCACGCCGGAAAGCAACCGGUGGCUGUAACUGGGACCAGGAGAAUGAUCUGCCUCCAGAAAUGAGAUCUGCCUCCAGAAACAGCAUCUGCCUCCAGAAACAGGAUCUGCCUCCAGAAACAAGACAUCUGCCUCCAGAAACAGGAUCUACCUCCAGAAAUGACAGAUCUGCCUCCAGAAAUGACUGUUCUUUAAGCAAGUCCCUUUCUGCUCAGUCAGGACACCUGAGGAAGGAGCAGCCCAGAAGCUCCACGUGCUGGAGGUUGAGGCCUUUGCAGAUGUUGCCCCUGCCAAGAGCAGUCCAGAACACAGGCAGGUUUGCAGGUGGGCAGAGUGCAAUCAGCAGCACUCGGGUUUUGGGUUCCCAACAUCCCCCCUCAACAGUGGCAAUCCUCCAGCAGGGCCUGUGGCACUCACUCACUGCAAGGGAACUUGAUCUGCCUCCCCAAAUUAUAUUUUCUAACAAAAGGAAGAAAAGGAAUAUUAAUUUUUGCUCGUUUUUGUUGGUGGUGGUACCAAGGUUGUCACUGAAUCCUUCGGACCUGCAAAGCUGAGCAAAGAGCACUGAGCGGAUUCAACGCUUGAGAGAGUUUUAUGGCUUGGAUCCUAUGGCUCAAAAAAGGUUCAGUAUCCACAGAGGAAGCAGAAAUCGAGGAUUAAAAAAAAAACAAACCCCUACUCGUUGUGAAACACCAGAAGUAGAACUUUGCACAGUUUGACCAAGGAUAAUGCAAGGGGUGGCAGGCAAAAAGUGACAGGACUGGGAUGCAGCUGGAUCAUCUCCACACACACACACACAGCAGACACACCCUAAACUAGAGUAAAGCUCUGCAGAUUUUAACCCUUUCACCAGCUAUGCUCAUGGCAAUGCUUUCUUUUAAGGCAGGAAGUAUAUCUAUAUAUUUAAGGAAGGUAAAGGUUUACCUUUAUUUUAUUCUUUGUACCUGUGAAGUCGUUUGUACAGAUUGCGUGUGACAGUUUUUUAAAACCAUAAAUAGUGUCCUUUUAGAACAGAGUUUCCUAAAAUGAAGGUUGCUAAAAGUUCUGACCCACUGUGGAAGACAUUCACUGAAAGGCCAUUGAACACUUUCCUCAUACAAUCAGCAAAUUUAUUGCCCCAGCAUAGAAAAAAAAAAAAAUGUGGAGGAAUUUAGAAAUGUAGAGUGGCAGGGAAGUCCCGUCAGCAAAAUUUUAUUAAUAAUUAUAAUAUUAAAAAAAAAAAAGAAAAAAAAAAUUCCUCAAAUUCUUACCCACCGGUUACAAAAAUAGUUAUUUCCUUCCACGGGGCAGGGUUUGAUCCCUGGGGGACUCGCCCUGGAUCUCCACUGACCUGCUGAUGGGAGGCACUGCCUGCUGAUGGCACCGGCUGUGCUGAGCUGCCCCCAGCCCAGGAGCAGCAGCAGGGACACAAAAAGGGCUGUUCCCAGGGAAUUGUCUGCUGAGGACAGGCAGGAAAUAAAGCAGGACGUGUUGUGAGCCCGGGGCUUCCAGUUCAGCCUAGAACAAGGUAGCAGCAUUGCCUCGGAUGGAUCCACUGUCUCUGCAGGAACAGGGAGUUCAGCUGGGCAAGCAGAACAGUCCUCUCCCCCCCCACACUGCCAGGCUGGCCAGGGAUUCACUUACUGAUGUGUUGUUUCGUGAGGAGAAGAAUCAGAACCAGAGCCUUGACAAAUAAAAACCAACCACGCUUUCUUCACCAAUUAUUCUCCGUCUGCAAUUUUGGGAUCCUUUUCCAUAAUGAGCUGAAUCAAAAAAAUCUAUUUGAAAAAUAUAUAUAUUUUUCUUUUUUUUUUUUUUUGUGUAUA